AAUGGCGGCACUGUUGCUGCAGGAGUUGGAGACUUCCGAGAUAGCUAAGCUCCCGAAAACAAUUCAAACCAAACUCGAGAGGAUUCUUUCCGAUCAGCAGUAUGAAAUAGAUUCAUUGAAAGCACAACAGGAGCAAUUUCGGGUUGACAGCGAACAACAUUUCUUUGAAAAAGUGAGACAGCUUGACCAGUGCCAGGAAGAAUUUCUGUCCCAGACCCAAGAACAUAAUAAACUCAAAGAAGAGUUUACCAACCUUGAGGACAAACUUAAAGCUGUGCGUGAGAAAAAUGAGGAAUAUGAAUCGGUCCAAGAGAGGCUGUCAUCAGAGCGGACUCUGCUGUCCAAAGCCAAAGAGGAACUGGAGGGAGAAAAGCGAGAUCUUGUGCGAACUCUGGAAAGAAGAUCCCUGGAAGUGGAACACGUAAAUGAUGAUUUAAGGCAACUUAAUGAUAAGUUGGUGGAAGGCAACUCCUCUAAGAUGACCCUGCAGAUGAAGCUGGAUGAGCUUGAAGCAGCGGAAGUCAAUAUUAAAUACAAGGAGAAACGUAUGGAGCAAGAGAAGGAGCUCCUCUCUGGUCAAAUAUCUUGGCUGAAUGAGGAGUUGAAGGCAAAGAGUGGGGAGCUGCUGUCUCUUUCCAGACAAAAGGGAAAUGACAUCCUGGAGUUGAAAUGCAUCCUUGAGAAUAAAGAAGAUGAGUUGAACCGACUCCGAGACCAAGUGGCCAGUUUGAAAAGUUCCAAUGAGAAUCUUCAGAGACAGAGUGAGGACAUGAUCGGCAAACUGAAAGAUGCCAAGGAACAACAAACCACCAUGGAGGAAAAGUUCAGAAAUGAGUUGAAUGCCAAUAUUAAGCUUUCCAAUUUGUACAAGGGAGCAGCAGCAGAUGCUGAGUCGAAAAGCAAAGAGCUGACUGGAGCUGUAGAGGAGCUCCAUAAACUGUUAAAGGAUGCUGGAGAAGCCAACAAGGCUCUUGAGGAAAAGAUACAGGAGAUGGAUGGUGCCACAGACAAGACUGUUGCUGACCUAAAGGAGAGGAUCCAGAGUCUAGAGAAAGAGUUGGACAACGCCAAUAAUCUGCUGAGUUCUAAACUUCGAGGCCCUCUUGGUACAUCAACCAUGUUAACAGAAGAGCAAAUGACAACUAUGUCCUCAACAGCAGCUGCUGUGUCCAAGAUCAAGCCUGAUAUGAAGCUGACGGAGUUGUAUACUGCAUAUGUGGAGAGCCAGGAGCAGUUGCAGUUGGAGCGCUUGGAGAACAAGCGAGUCAACAAGUAUCUGGAUGACAUUGUGCAGGAAGUGGAAGCUAAAGCCCCCAUCCUCAAACGGCAAAGGGAUGAGCAUGAGCGCAUGCAGAAAUCGGUGUCCAGUCUUUCUGCCAAGCUAGAGCAGGCUGUCAAGGAAGUGCACCGUCUGCAGAGGGACUCUGAUGAGGCCAACAAGUGCUCCUCUUUAUUAGAAAGGGAAAAUCAGAGAUGUGAGCUGCAGCUGGCAGACAUGGCUCAGCAGGUGCGUGUGCUGCUGGUAGAGCUGGAAGAGGCUCGUGGAAACCAUGUGGUCCAUGAAGAGGAGGUGAGCUCAGCCAACAUCAGCAGUACAUCAGAGGUGAUCAGCCAGCAUUUGGUGACUUUUCGCAGUGUGGAAGAGCUCCAGAAGCAGAACCAGCGUCUGCUGGUGGCCCUCAGGGACCUCAGUGAUGCCCAAGAGAAUGAGGAGUUUGAAGCCACUCGCAACAGGUAUGGUGAGCUGGAGCAGAGUUUGGUGAGAGCUCAGACUGAGAUCGAGUCCCUGAGGGAGCAGCGCAGCCAACAGAUAAAAAUGACUGAGUCCAUUGUGAGGCAGAGGGACAUGUGCCGUGUGCUGCUGGCUCAGGCAACUGGAGUUAACUUUCCUCCGCAAGGUACAUCACAGGAUGAAUUCUCCCUGACCUCCACUCCUCGACGGUCUCCUGCAACCACUCCCACCACAGGAACACCCACUGCUCUUGUGUCCAUGGCAACAGAGUCUGCUGACGCUGUGGAGGCCAAGGCAGCAUUGCGACAGUUGCAGGAAGUUUUCUGCAACUAUAAAAAGGAGCGUGUGGAGUCUGACAAGAUACUGACUGCACAGAGCGACAAGCUCCAGGAGCAACUCUCUGACCUUCACUCUCAGAAUGCUAAAGUAUCCACUCAGCUUGAAUUUGCCUCCAAAAGGUAUGAGAUGCUGCAGGACAAUGUAGAGGGCUACAGGAAAGAUAUUGCUUCCCUAAGAGAGAAAGAACAGAAGUUGGCUGCUGCUGCACAGAAGCAGGAGCAGAUUAUCCACACUUUGAAUGAGGACAUGAGAGCUGCCAAAGAGAAACUCACCAUGGCAGAGAGCUACGCUGAGGGCCUGCGUAAGGAAAGAGACAUGCUGAAGUUGGUGGAGUCCAGACUGACUCAGGAGAAAGAAACUGUCCAGAGUCAACAACAGAGCCAGAAGUUGCUGCUGAAAAACCUCCAGUCUAUCCAGGCAACUCUUGAGCGUACAGAGACUGACACACGGCAGCACCUCAACAGCCAACUGGAGAAACAGGAACGAGAGAUCUCCCAGCUGCAGAAGAGGCUGGAGAAUGAAAUGGAGCAGCGACACAUUCUCAACAGAAACCAAGAAAUCCAGGUAAUGGAGGCAAAGAGACAACUGGAGACACAGGUGGCCUUACACCAGAAGACCAAAGAGUUACUGAAUGCUGCUGAGUUGGAGCUCAAUACCCUCAGACUAAAGCCAGGCAGCAGUGAAGCACGUCAUGCCCUCAGUUCCCCCUCCUCACCUAACAUCAGAGGCCUGCAGGGCUCAGACCAGGACAGGGAACACCUUCAGGCCCGCCUGAGGUCAGCUGAAACCCAGGCAGAGGAGCUGGCUGAAAGCCUUAGGGCAGCCACCUCCACUAUGGAGCAGUACAGAGUAAUGGCUCAGAGCCUGGAAGAGUCCCUUCAUACAGAGAAGCAGGUAACGGAGCAGGCACGCACAACCAUCGAAGCCCAAAUGAAGGAGGCAGAGGAGCGGCACCGAAAGAUGGAAGAGAAGCUUUUGGAAACAGAGAAAGGGAAGCAAGGCCUAGAAGAGCAGAACAAAAGAGCUGUAGCCUCACUGGAGGAACAGAUGAACAAUCUAAGGAGAAGUUUAAGCACUGCCCAGGCAGAACACCAGGAGGCACUACAGCGAGCAACACUGAUGGAGGCCCAGCAGCAGCUGGCUUUGCAAGACAGCCAGGAGCAGGUUAAGCUGGCAGCAGAAGCACAAGAUAAGUAUGAGCGGGAGAUGAUGUUGCAUGCAGCAGAUGUGGAGGCCCUGCAGGCAGCAAAAGCUCAGGCUCUUCAGGCCGUUGAACUCAGACACCAGUUGGAAGAGAAAGCACAGAGAGUCAGCACUGAGCUACUGGAGGCCAGGAUCUCCUGGGAGGAGCAGGAAAAGAUCCUCAAGGAGGAGAUGUCAAAGAUGGAGAGUCGCUAUGAGGAACUGCAGAGGCAGAAUGCUCUCCUGCAUGAGCAGAUCCAGACAAUGAGCAGCAAGAUGGCUGAUGGUCUGCAGCGAGCUGCCAGUGACAAUACUUUGAACAUCUCUUUGACUGAAGAGGGCAAAUCUCAAGACCAAGUCCUUGAGAUUCUUAGAUUUGUGCGUCGAGAGAAGGAACUGGCUGAAUCUCGCUUUGAAGUCGCCCAUGGUGAGACUUUGCAUUAUCGUCUGAGGGUGGAUCACCUCGAGCGAGAGCUGAAGGAGGUGCAGGACAGCUUGAGUGCUGCAAGGGAGAGAAUGCAGGUGACAUCAAAGACACUGGCUCAGCACGAUGAGCUGAUGAAGAAGACUGAAACAAUGAGCAUCCUAAUAGAGUCCAACAAAAUGCUGAGAGAGGAGAUGGACAAGAAAGAGCAGGAACUGCAGCAAAUCCAAGCUAAGGUGCAAAAACUGGAGUCUAACAUCCUGCCACAGCAACAGGCCAACUCUGAGCUGAGUGAGAAGAGUGGCAUGCUGCAGGCAGAGAAGAAAAUAUUGGAAGAGGAGAUCAAGCGCUGGAAGGCUCGUGCACAGCAUUUGGUGAGUCAACAGAAAGAUACAGAUCCAGAGGAGUAUAAGCGUCUGCACUCUGAGAAGGAGGCACAUCUGAAACGUAUCCAGCAGCUCACUGAGGAGAGUGCCAGACAUAAAUCAGAAAUGACCAGGACCACAACGUCCCUGCAAACUCAGAUACAGAGCUUGCGUGACAAUAUCAGUAAGAUGACUGAUGAGAAAAUUUUGCUGAAAAAAGAACUGGAUACUAAGAACCAGGAGCUCCAAGAGAAAAUACGAACCAUCACUCAAGUCAAAAAGAUCGGACGCCGGUACAAGACUCAGUAUGACGAACUCAAGGCAGGACAUGAUAAGAUGGUAGCUGAAGCUGCAGCAGGUCCUUCCCAAGAAGAGGAGGCACGUCAGGCUUCAGUUCAAGAACUCCAGAGCCUCAGAGAUACUCUGAGUCAGGCCGAAGCCAAGACCAAAGAGCUGGAAGGGCAGUUGGAGAACAUAAACAAGGUGGUCACAGAGCGUGAGACUGACAUGCGUAAUGCCCAGGAACAGUCCUCCAGGCUACAGACUGAGGUGACCAGGCUGAGGCAGGACUUGCAAGAUAAGACUUCUCAUGAGGAAACACUGAGGCAACAGAUGACCGACAAGGAGGAGAAGACCAGAAAGACCAUUAUUUUGGCUAAACAGAAGAUUGGCCAGCUCAUGAGCACCAAAGACCAAUUGCAGAAGGAAAAUGAGGAGCUAAAGCAGCAGCGCGAGGAGCUGGAGGUUCGAGUGAGUGCUCUCAAGUCUCAAUAUGAGGGCCGCUUAAGUCGGCAGGAGAGAGAACUGAGAGACCUGCGAGGUCAACAAGAGAGACAAGAGCAAAGAGAUGAGCCACCUGAGGCCGGUCCGAGUAAGACCCAAGAGCAGCAGAGGAGCACAGAGCAGAGACAGAUCAGCUUGAAGACGACUCCAGCUGCAGACAGGGGCAGUGCUAGCUCUUCUGAACCUCCAACUGCCAACAUUAAGCCAACACCUGUAGUCCCUACAACCAGCAAGCAGCCUGUCAACCCGGGUAACAAACCCACUCCAAGAGCAAGUAUCAGGCCCAUGAUCACUCCAGGGACUGUACCCACACCAACACCCACGGCUACAGUCAUGCCCACCACGCAGGUGGAGACCCAGGAAGCCAUGCAGUCUACUGAAGGUCCACCAGUGGAGCAUGUGACCGUGUACGGCAGUGCCAGCGGUUCGGUACGCUCUGCCAGCCCCAAUGUCCAAACAACUUUAGCUAGCCCCAUGUUGACUGUCCAGCAGACCCAGACACAGGCAACAGCAUUUGUUCAGCCAACUCAGCAACAAAGCGUGAGCCAUACAGAACCAGCCAAUCAGGAGCCACCACCUGUGGUCAUUGAGGCAACACCCAGUUCUCAAGUGGAAUGGCCUUCAACUUCCUCCACCUCAUCUGUGUUUGGCACUGUUUCAGCAACACCUGGAACGUCCACGAUGUCCAAGAGGCCACGAGAGGAGGAGGAGAGCACCACCAUGGUCACAGACACGGAGGCGACCCAGGAGGACACGUCCAGGGCUCCCAUACCCAAGAAGCUCCGCAUCGUCCAGAGAGUGGGUCCAGAGGAGGAGGUGCUGGCUGAGGACAGUGCUGAGGCCGACAGUGUGGUGCCAACAGACAGUCAAGAUGUUGCAGAAAGCCAGGCAGAGGAAUUUUCAGCUCUGGAGGAAGGAGAAGACGGUGCAGCUUCCCAGUCCAUGGCAAUGGACCAGGAAGUGAUGCUGACACAAAGUGAUGCCCCGGACCAACUAUCACAGGAAGUGAUUGUCAUAAUAACGGACACCGAGAGUGAUGAGGACCAGGAAGAGGAAGAAGAAGAGGAAGAAGAGCAGGACUACGAUGAGGAGGAGGAAGAGGAGGAAGAUGAAGAAGAGGAUGAAGAGGAGGGGGAUGAUGAGGAAGACGAGGCAGGAAUGGGGGAAGAAGGAGAGGAAAGUAACGAGGGCAGCGGCGACGGCAACGAGGCUUAUGAAGAAGACGACACAGAGGGAGCUGAUGUAACAGACCCUGGCACAGAGACGGAGGAGAGUUUGGGGGCGUCCGACUCCACCCAGAGGCCCGCAGAUUCCCAGACACCCAGCCUUGAGAGCAGCUCAAUGGAGGCCUUUUCUACAGAACAACCAAUCUCAAGCUCUGGCACACGCAUGCCCCAGUCUCCACGGAGACCAACACACCAGCUACCCCCCCGCCUGAACAUCCACUCUGCCCAGACGUCCGAACUGGGACCACCUGCUCAGGUUCCGAGAAUGCCUGUACGUCGUCAGUCAGUGGGGCGAGUCCCUCAGCUCGCUCCUGGAGUGUCGGUCAGUGCUCAGCACUACUUUGAUGAUGAUGACAGAAUGGUUCCCAGCAAUCCCACUCUGGGGGUAUCACACCGCGAUGGGUCUGACCAGGCUAUACAUUCUCCCCAAGUAGCUGGAGUGCCUCGCUUUCGCUUUGGUCCUUCAGACGAUGUUCCCCAGACCAGCUCUUCACACUCUGAUCUGGGACAACUUGCAUCACAAGGAGGUCUUGGAAUGUAUGAAAGUCCUUUGUUUCUAGGAUCUCAUGAAGACGACUCUGGUGGACGCAGCGUUCCCACCACACCACUACAAGUUUCAGCACCAGUGAUGGUCUUCUCAGAAGUGGCUCAGUCUGACACCACUGAACACGCCUCCCAGUCUGUUCCCAUGGUGAGCACGUCUACACCAGGGCUGGUGGUGCCAGGAGCAGCCACUACAGGGGAGGAGAGAGAUGAUGUCCUCCUGGAGCCUGACACUGAUAGGCCCAGUGCUGAAGCUUCCGUGGAUCCAGUGAUGUCUCACACAGAUGUGGAGGAGCCAAGUCAGCCGUCUGACAAGGCCAGCCUCCCCUCCACCAGCCAGGAGCCGUCCUCCAGCUCUGCAGAUACUAGCACCGCUCCACAUAAACCCUCCAGACCUGGACCCAGCAGACAGCUGCAACGCUGGCCCGAGAGUCGUGGCGGACGCAUGAAGAGAGGAGGUCAGGCAUUUCCUUCUCGGGGCGUUCAUGGGAGACGCUUUGCCAGAUGAAGCAGGAAUCAGAAAACACCACACAUCUGUUUCCAGACUCCCUCAGUUUUCAUAUCUGUUCACUUGUUUUUGUUUUUAAAAGUAUCUUUUGUAACUGGUCCAUGCUGAAGCCAUGUGUUUUAUGACAAAUGUAAUAAACAUUUAAAAUGA